AUGCGAAACAAGGCUAUUUGUGCGUGUGUGUACGUAAGAUUUUAUUGUUUUUUUCUUUUACUGGAAGCAUAUACAUACAUACAUAUAUGUUGUAUCUGUUUUAUGUGUGGAUGUUCUUUUUUACUUUUUUAUUUUUUAUUUUUUAUUUUUUUUUUGGGAUUUGUUUUGUUUUCUUUCUUUUUUUUUAACUUUUGGAGUGCCACUCUUUUUUUUUUGCCCCUGCGUGCCUGGGAUAUAUAUAUAUAUAUAUUUUAUAUACAUUGCACGGCGCCGACCAUGUGGAGUGUUGUGGGGGCAAAGCAGAAGCCCUCUAGACGACGCAGAGAAAAAUCUGCCGCAAAAAGAAAACAGACGGAUGCCAUCUUCACGCUGGCCCCAACUGUUUCUUCUCGUAUGAUUUCGGCGCUGGUGCGCGACCUCCGUCGAACGUCUGAGGCGUUGCGAGGACUGACUUUUGUUUGUCGUGACAUUUUGUCGCCGGUGCGGCGGUUCUUAGAGACGCGUGUGGACGUUUUAACACGCGUCCAUCUCAUAGCACUUGGCAUCGGACCGUUUUCGCGGCAGGAGUCACGUUCAGGCUUUCUGCAAAUGGCUUUUCUGUUAGCAUUGAAGAAGGAGUGCGAGAAUGUCAUAAAAAAACAGUCAAAGUCCCUCGCACCUGCUGCUGUGAGGGCUCAAGUUGACACUUUUCCGGGCGCCGGGGCGACGUGCCUGUCGUGUGGGGGAUCGCCUGGUCUUUUCACGAGCUUUUUUGAUCCCGUGGCUGGGGAGCUUUAUGCCUGCUGCUGCGAAAAGUUAGGGGUGAUAAUGGAAAAGGAAAAUCGCUACGGCGCAUAUACACCCAACGACUUAAACGCCCUGCUCAUUGCGUACCUGCCGCACUGUCCGUGGGCACUGCUUCGUAAUCUUUUUGUUUCCAAUCUUUUGCCAUGCCGGGAAUUCGCUGGUGCUGGCCACGUGGGGCAGCUGGGGUCUGUGCUGGUGGUUGGAAACGAUCUCCGCGGAAUGGCAUGUCGGGAGAACGACUUUAUGGAGGCGCUUAUUCCGUUUUUGCGUUUUGACACGGUGCGGGUAGAGCAAAAAAAAGGCAACCCGCGAGGUGUUGACAGGGUGGAGGAUGUGGACAACUCUAUCCCCAGUGGGCUGAGAGGGAUUAGUCGGAAUGAUAUUGCGUGCGCUUUUUCCGAUACCGCCGUUAUGCAAAAAAACACGGAGCGGGAGGCGGAGUUUUUAGAAGCGCUACCGCGGCUGCGUUUACCACCUCUUGUGCGAGAUGGCCCUGAUCUGCUGUAG